GUGAAGUUGUUUUUAAUCGACGAGUCAAUAGCAAUUUUUUUUUUCCUUUUUCCCAUUUUCUUCGACAGUUGAAUGCCUUCAGCAUUUUUAUUUUAAAACUUGUAAUACGAAACAAUUAAUUUGUAUCGAACGACAGCGAUAACUUGGCUCAAUACAAAAUUUUAUUUGCCACAUAAUGUUGGAAAAGCUAAUUAUUAGUAGAGCAAUAAAAAUUAGCACAUUUCGUUACACGUAAUUGUAGUAAACUAAAACGUUAAUAUUUUUAACGACAUACAAUCGACUGGAUUUAUUUGUGUUACUGGAAGUUCCAUUGUUUAUUUUCUUCGCGAGAACAAAAAAAGAAAAGAAAAGAAAACGACGAACCAAUUAAUUGGAUCGUACAAUCAGCAGAACAAUUUUUCACAAAAUUAUUGUGCGUCCAAGUUUUAUUCUAUGUGAAUCUUUGCGGCCAAAUCGAUGGGAGAAAAAUAUAGUGACGAGUGUUGUGUUUAUAAACUCCGUAAGCUGAAAAUCAAUUUUCGAGCCGCUAUUUAACACAUUAUUUUACAAAGAGUGUCUGCGCGUGAAAUUUUGUUUACUAAAGCCAAUUUGAUAUGACUCGAAUAUCCGUCAAUUAAUUAAACAUUUGACACCCACAAAAAAUGGAUUCAGUUCGCUUUUCAAUAAUCGAGAACAAUUUGCAAUGGGACAAAAGCGAUGCUCUUAUCAAUUUGGACGACGACGAUGAUGAAAGACGAAGCAUAUCAAGCGAAAGCAGUGGGGAGGGGCUUGGCGUCGAAUCGCCGCGAAUUCACAAACAGUAUCGCUUACAUGAUCAGGAAAUCUGGCAGAAUCGAGGGAUCGAUAAAACUCUCAAAGAACUACCCAAUUUUGAGCAGAUAUUGGAUAUUGUAAAUAAGGGAGACUUAGCUGAUUUAAGUCCUGGAUCUGACGACUCCAGCACAGCUCUCAUGAUAGCAAUAUUAAUAGGACGAAAUGAUGCGGUUGGAAAAUUGUUAAACGAACUUUACGCAGAUGCAAAUACAGUAGACUGCCUGGGUCGAACGGCAUUGCAUUUGGCCUGUUCGCUAGGUAACUACAGUGUUUCAAAGAUAUUACUAGAUCAUGGAGCGCAUGUGAAUCAAUGGGACAAAAUGAAAAAAGUCACACCGUUACAUUGCGCCGCUAGUUCAGGAAGUGUCGAAUGCAUUCAACAACUGUUGAAACGUGGGGCUCAUGUUAACGCAGGAAUAGAGAAAAGGAGUGCUCUUCAUUUGGCCAUAGAGAGGAAUGCGAUCAAUUGUGUGGAAACAUUACUCAAGUAUGGCGCCAAUCCGAACACACCACAAGUUUAUACAGAGACACCUCUUCAUACGGCAGCUGGCCUCGGACACAAAGAAUGCAUGCAAUUGCUAUUGGAUCAUGGUGCCGAUGUUAGAUCUCAGUUCGGUAAAAGACGUUUGACUGCAUUGCAUUUAGCGGCCGAAGACGACUACGUCGAUUGCGUUAAACUGUUACUGGAACACGGUGCUAAAGUCGAUGCACGGAAUGUAGACAAUCAGACACCAUUACAUUGUGCAUGUUUGUCGCAGUGUGUCGAAACCGUAGAAAUAUUAAUAAAAUAUAGGGCCGACGUAAAUGCCACUUACAAGGACGGACGAUCGGCUUUACAUGCCGCAAUUGUUAAGGAAUCAAAAUGUUUCGAAUGUGCAAGAUUGCUGUUGAAGGCCGGCGUCUCUGUCAACAAACCCGACGCAUACGGAUACACGCCAUUGCAUAUUGCCGCAUUGAAUGAAUUUAGUAGCUGUGCCUACAUGCUGAUAGAGUAUGGAGCGGAUAUGACAUGCCGAACAAACGGUGGAAUAUCGGCGUUGUCGUUUAUAAUCCGUCGAACGCCUGAAGUAAUACCGAAAUUUCUGAACAAAUUCGAUUCAUCCAUAACGGUAAACGAGCACGAGAUCGGCGAUGUGGAUUGUGAAAUAAAAUUGGACUUUCGAUUGCUCGUUCCUAAUACGGAACGUGGUGAAACCGAACUACUGUUGUCGUUCAUCGAAGUCGGUCAAAAGAGAAUUCUCAAGCAUCCACUUUGCGAGACGUUUCUGUUUUUGAAAUGGCGACGAAUUCGGAAAUUUUUCUUAUUCAGUUUGAUGUACCAUGCCAUUUACGUUAUGCUGUUUACACUGUACAUUCUGGGAGUGUACGACAAAAAUUGCAAUGCAAUAAUGCCUGAUGGAGAACCUCAAUGUUUUGCUGCCAGCUAUGUGGCCCCAGUCGGUUAUGCGGUGAUAUUCAUGAAUUUUACGCUACUGGCGAAGGAGUUUUUUCAGAUGGCACAUGGAUUUAUCAGCUAUGUUCGGUAUUGGGAAAAUUGGGUACAGUGGGCUAUCAUUCUUGGUGUCUUUCUAUGCGCCACGCCGAGUGCAAUGACUUCAAGUGAUAUUAGAACCGUUCCCGUAUGGCAACAUCAUGUGGCUGCAAUAGUAAUAUUCUUAGUUUGGUUGGAACUGAUGAUGUUGGUUGGACGUUUUCCAAUUUUCGGGUUAUACGUUCAAAUGUUCACAAAAGUUGCCGUCAAUUUUGCAAAGUUCCUAUUAGCUUAUUGCUGUUUACUCGUUGCAUUUGGGCUAAGCUUCGGCGUAAUAUUUUCCAACUACCCCGCCUUUCAAGCUGUCCAAUGGACAUUAUUGAAAACUGUCACCAUGAUGGCUGGCGAAUUAGAAUUUGAAGAUAUUUUUUACGAUAAAGAGUAUCCGAUACAGUAUCCGGGAACAGCACACGUAAUGUUUUUUGCAUUCGUUCUAUUGGUAACGGUGAUUUUAACAAAUCUACUGGUCGGUCUAGCCGUAAGUGAUAUUCAAGGACUUCAAGCAUCAGCAGGCCUCGAUCGCUUAACACGACAGGCGGAAUUAGUUGCCCGAUUGGAGGGUCUAUUUUUCUCAAGACUACUACGUAAAGCUCCGUCAAGCAUAAUACUUUUAUGCCAACGCAGUGCCCUAUUACGUACGUCCAGAUAUCACCUACAAUUUUGCAUAAGACCGAAUGAUCCACGAGACAAACGUUUGCCGAAGGAUAUUAUCGUUAGCAUCUACAAACUUGUGGCUGAACGUCGUGAUCGUAACCAGAGUAUCAGACGAAAGAGACGUGAACAGAAUUUUAGCUUUUUCACGCGAUCGUUUGACGAAUCAAUCAAGGGUGUUAAAUUACGUAAUCAUUCUAGCCACAUACCCGGACCGAGAACAUUGUCUGAAAAUCCGCAAUUUUUCAAUCAACAAAUUAGCUCAACCAAGUAUGGUGAGUUGGAGAAAAAAAUGGAAUCGUUCCGAUUGCAAUUGUUAGAUAUGACCUGUAAGUUGAAGGAAUUGCAGACCAUGUUUUCCAAUAAGAUGGAAGACAUUUCGAAUGAUGUUAGCAUUAUUAAGAUAAAAUCAAUGAAAGAGAAAUAAAAUUAAUGAAACCAUCUUGAGCGA